UGGUGACCGGGAGGCCUUUUCAGAGCAGACCCCUCACAAAGUGCAGGGCCUGAGAGACCACCCUCGUAGGACACAGGACAGCUAACAGCAGUCAGGCUGACAUGUACCAGCUGAAGGAAAUGUGGAGUGAUGAGUUCUGGGAGAACCCCUGGGACCAGGGGGGCCUGAUCGUGAUUGGUUUAUUCACCAUCACAGUCCUGCUUUUCAUCUUGUUUGCUGUUGUGUUUGGCUUACUCCCUCCAAUGGAGAGGACCCAGUGUGAAGAGGACUGA